AUGUUCAACAGCAGUCAAUUCAUCCCCAAAUAUUUCCUUCUGACUGGUCUCCCUGGUCUGGAGGCCCUGUACCCUUGGUUUAUCUUCCCAUUCUGCUCCAUAUACCUGGUGGCCCUGGUGGGCAAUAGCCUGGUCCUGGCAGUGAUCAGGAAAAACACCAUUCUGCACCAGCCGAUGUACCUUUUCCUAGCUAUGCUGGCCUUUGCAGAACUGGGUGUCUCUGCUUCGACACUACCCACUGUGUUGGGCAUCUUCCUUUUUGGUGCCAAUGAGAUCUGCUUUGAAGCCUGCCUAUUGCAGAUGUUCUCCAUACAUUCAUUUUCCAUCAUGGAGUCAGGAGUUCUGCUGGCCAUGUCGGUGGACCGCUUUCUGGCCAUCUACAACCCACUGAGGUACACGGCCAUCCUGACCGGUCCCCGUAUUGCUGGUACCGGUGCCGCACUUGGACUAAAGAGUGUGAUGCUCAUGUUCCCACUGCCCUUCCUCCUGAAGCGUCUGCCCUUCUGUGGCCACAAUGUUCUCUCCCAUUCCUACUGCCUUCACUCAGAUCUAAUCCAGCUGCCCUGCGGGGACACACGCCCCAACAGCAUUCUGGGGCUCUGCAUCGUCACUUCCACUUUUGGGCUGGACUCGCUGCUCAUCGUCCUCUCUUAUGUGCUGAUCCUCUACACCGUGCUGGAUAUCACCUCUGGUGAGGGAAGGCAGAAGGCCCUUAACACAUGUGUUUCACACAUCUGUGCGGUGCUCGUGUACUACGUGCCCAUGAUCAGCGUAGCUCUGGUGCACCGCUUCAUGAAGCAUGCGGCACCUACGGUCCGUCUACUCCUCGCCAAUGUCUAUCUUCUGGUGCCUCCUGUGCUCAACCCCAUCAUCUACAGUGUUAAGACGAAGCAGAUUCGCCAGGGACUAAUCCAACUCAUUCGUCAAAGAAAAUAA